GGUCUGCGCUUCAUCAGCACAGUUCUGUGUAUGUAAGCUGUCUUGCUCUCGACCUCUCAUACAUCCUGAAUCUGAAAGCAAGAAAGGGUCUUACUGUGCAAAACUGGCCCUGCUUCUGCGUUGAUAUUAACACAAGCGUCUGAUUGCAAGAAAUUGCUUAGAGAGGUACUGCUGGGUGCUUUGGAAAGCUGCCGAAAACCAAGGCAUCUCAAGCGCCGCGAGCUGCUUGCGCGUGCUUCGGGUGUGUCCUGCCCGAGGGAUGGCCAGGCGCGUAGCUCAAGGCGCGUGCCGGCAAGGGCGGCCAUGGGCUGGAGCUCUCGGGGCGCUGGCUGCGCUGUGCGCUGUGCUUCUGGCGCUGACGGCUGCAGGGCCGGCGGACGCCAAGCGAAGCCCCUCGCCGUCCCAGUCUGGGAGCGCGCCCAUCACCCUUGAGGGCAAGCUUGUCUUCAAGAACACGCACGCCUCGGAGAUCUGGACGCUCCGCACCGCCGCCGGCGCCGUGUACCGCCUGUCCGCCGGCCAGCCGCUGGACAGCCAGCUGCUGCCCCUCCCGGCCGGCAGCCGCGUGUCGCUGACGUGCACACCGCUCGCCAACCAGCCCAACGUGUGCGGGUCCGUGAGCAAUGCGGCCCUCACAAUUGCCGCGGCACCGGUGCAGGCCACGGGUGUGAGCCUCAAGGUGCUGGUCAUGGUGCUGUCGCUCACGGGCAGCUGCGCCCGCUCCGGCGCCGCCGUGUCGGACGUGACCAAGGCCUUCACGGCCCCCGGCGGCUACAUGGACUUUUUCAACGACUGCUCGUACGGCGCCAUGACGUACGACCGGACUGCGUUCCGGGUGCUGGGCACUGCCGUGUCGUGCAGUGCGGCCAUCCUGCGCUGCGACGAGGACGCCAUCGCCGCGGCCGCAUACGCCAGCGCCGUCAAGCAGCUUGGCGCCACCGGUGCGGCGGGCUUCACGCACUUCUCCUACGUGCUGCCCUCCGGCCUCCGCGACACGUGCGGCUGGGUGGGGCUGGCGGAGCUGCCCGGCACCCAGACCUGGUACACACCAGACAACCAGGGAAUCUUCCGCAAGGGCACGGUGAUGCAGGAGUUCAUCCACAACUUUGGCCUGUAUCACGGCUGGCGGGAUGGUGUGGAGUACGCAGACGACAGUACAGCCAUGGGCAACGGCAACUCCUGCCCCUCCGCGCCCGAGCUGGGGCGCCUGGGCUGGGCCGCCCCCGUGGCCACGCUGAACGCCGCGACGCUCGCCCCUGCCGGCACCUUCCAGACCUACAUCCUGCCCGCCACCUACCUGGGUGGAGACAAAGCCAUCCUCAAGCUCACGCCCGACUGGCUGGGUGCCGGAUACAUCAAGAACGUGUAUCUGGCGCUCCGUGGCGCCGCCAAGGGCGAUGUGAACCUGCUGGACGAGUUCAAGGACCAGGUGUCAGUGCACGAGCUGAACAAGAACAUUGACAAUGUGUUCACCGCGCGCGGCGACCCGCGCGUGUCCAUCCUGGGGACCAUCGGCGAGAAGCAGGCGGUGGACUUGGCCGGCUACCAGCUGCUGAUCCGCGCCGCCAGCCUGAUCGAGCAGGGUACCAAGAUGGUGGUGCACGUGUGCCGCUACUCUGUCAAGGCCUCCGAGUGCGCCGAGCCCAACCCCGAGGCAUCGCCCAAGCCUUCCCCCAAGCCCUCGCCGGCGCCUUCGCCGGCGCCAUCGCCUUCGCCAUCUUCCUCCCCCAAGCCCUCUCCCUCUCCCAGCCCCUCGCCUUCGCCAUCGCCUUCGCCCAAGCCCUCUCCUUCCCCCUCUCCCUCUCCCUCCCCAAAGCCCUCUCCCUCUCCUGGCCCUUCCCCCAAGCCCUCCAGCCGCAAGCGCCCUCCGCCUCCCGUGUUUGAGCCCCCGCCUGAGGCCUACCCGCCCCCUGGGCCUGAGGAGGACAACGGCGGUGGCGGUGGCGGCGGUGGCGGCAAUGGCCCUGAGGGCUCCGACUCGCCGCCUCCCGCCUGGGACCCCUGCUAUGAGGAUGACCCCACCUGCAACUACGAGUACCAGGAUGACACGACACUUGCAGCGGCUCCUGGCUUCAUGUACGGCUGUUUUGAGUACACGGACAUUUCGGGCACGGACAUCAAGACCGUCAGCAACGUGGCCUCGGUGGAUGUCUGCAAGAGCACCUGCGCCUCCACCUCGGGCUGCGAGGUCGGCGUGUACCGCGCUGCCGCCAAGCAAUGCGUGCUGCGCUCCAAGGCGCUGGUCAGCGCCAAGAACGGCAAGAACGGCUACGACGCCUCCGUGCAGAAGUCCUGCCUCGUGGCGGCCAACAACGGCCCGUGGCAGUGCCUCAAGAACACGGUCCUGCCGGGAUACCUGCUCUACUACCCCUACGACGCCACCGCCUCCCGCUGCGCCACGGACUGCUACGCCGACAAGUACUGCACCUACUUCAUGAUGACGGCUGGCGGCAAGUGCCUGCUCAUGGACUGGCUGUUCAUCGGCAAGAGCUUCCAGACUGUGAGCGCCAACCCCAACACCGCCGUCUCGAGCACCUGCCUGCUCAUCAAGCCCGCCGGCGCCUCCGACAGCGCCGCCAACAGCUACGGCUUCACGACGUCCGCACUGCCCGCCAGCAGCCCCGGUGCCGUGCUGUGGACGCAGCCGCCCUCCAACCUGUACAUCUUCAUGGAUCCUGAUUCCGGCAGCGGCAGCGGCAGCAGUGGGCGCCGCCUUGGGGCGCUUGAGAACCCCGAGGCCGCUGCCGGCGCCGUCGUGGAGUACGUGGAGCUGUCGCUGGAGCAGGAGGCGGCGCUGGUCGGCGGUGGGGCGGCACAGCAGGCGCAGCAGCAGCAGCGGCGGCAGGCGGCGGCGGCGGCGGCGCACCGGCGCCUGCGCCACCACCAGCAGAUGUAAAUGAGGGGCAGGCGCGCGGCGGCUUGCAGCUCGGGCAGCGAAGUACGAGUGUGGGCUGCUGGUGUGGAGGUUGUGCCUGGGGGUGCUCGCGGCGCGCCGCGUGGCGGCUGCGCUGUAAGAAAGUGCGGCAUACGCGGGCCCAGUGGCCCUACUAAGAGCUUAUUUUGACUCGGUCCGGAUCGAGAUCCGGGAUGGCUUUCGUAAGGAUUCAUGCUUAUCAUUAGCGCGCACGUGCGCCAGAGAUGUACGCACUGAGGUUGUAUUAAUCUGACUAUUUGUGUUCAGCAGCGAUGCUUUCAUCCAUCUGACACAUGGGUCCAUGCGGUUGCCUUGCUUCCUGCCUUGCCGCCAUUGACUGCCAUCCAUCAAUGACUGACAAAGUGACCUGCCAAAGUCCUGUCUGACUUUGUUUACUUAUGCGUGGCACGGCUUUGGCGCGCAUCUUGAUGUCUGGAUGGUUUGUAUGGACCGCGGCCGCUUUCGGAUGAAUACUUCAUUGUACUCGGAUGUGUGCGUGGGGACGCGUAAGGAACGUGCAUGCACGAGUGGGUGCGGGUGGCGGGGACCUCAUGCACCACUGCGCACCCCGCACCCCCAACGAAACCACUGGCGUGAUGUGUGAUGGGCUAUGCUGGGGGCUUUCAUUGGGACGCUGCACUGCAGAUAGUGCGCUCAAUAGCCUGAUUCGCUUUGACGUUUGUUGACAACUUGAUUGGAAACAUGAGACUGAGAAUACUCGAAGGGCUAUACGGUGUGUCUCCGGGGCAUAAGUUGUCUCACUCGGGGAAGCCAUUCAUCUUUUUGAGCAACCACUUAUAGCCAACGUGCUGUCCUGUAAGCGGACAUGUCC